AUGGUUGCUUCUCGCCUAUUUUCUAACGCACUCACUACUUCGUUGUCUUCGCCGAAAUAUUCAAAACUUUCGUCUUCUUCAAAGACAGGAACAACUUUUUCUGAUUCUGCUUUUACUGGAAAAUGCUGUUUUAUAUCUAUAGAAGCACAUCAUGAAAAUACAUCGAAUUCAUGGCGUCGAACACAUGGCUUUCACACACCUAUUGACAUUUGUCUUAUAAUACAAUGGAUAAUAUAUUUCACCCUAGCUUUUGGUUAUUACUAUUUCACUAUGCUAUUUAUGGAAGAACAAGUUUAUUACUCAAUAACGAAGCACGAAUACAAAAUUACUCAUCAACGAAUAUGGAACGCGAUAGUGUUAAUAAUUGCCGCUGUGGUUUCAAUUUCGAGUAUCAAAUGCUCAUUAACAGAAACGGAAGAUUUAAAAGUCAAAGAGAAAAGUGUAAAAAGGGAUAUGUUGUAUCGGAGAACAAUGGGAAUUCAAGUUGUGGUUGAUGGCUGGUGUAAUAUUUGUCUAGUUGAAGUGGCUAAUACUACUCGUCAUUGUAAAUUGUGUAAUAAGUGUGUCGCGAAACGUGAUCAUCAUUGUCGGUGGUUAAACUGUUGUAUAGCGGAGUCUAAUUAUCGCUCAUUUGUAACGUUUUUAAUUUUUGGCUUUAUUGGGACGAUUUUGAGUUUCUGGCAGAACGCUCAUGCUUUAGCAAUUUAUUUCUCUGAAAGAGGAGAUGAGCAAUAUAUGACGAAAUUAUAUGAAAUAUUUCCGCUCACGACAUCAUAUGUUCUGGCUGUAGGACUAUUCGUUAAUGUAUUAUUAAUAUUGUUAAGUCUUGGAGCUGCCAUAUUCCUAUUCUACUUAUGCUUUUUCCAUUUUAACCUUUAUAUCAACGAUAUGUCGACGAUGGAAUAUCUUAGUCAUCAACAACAAAGUAAAUAUUACAGUGGUCAUUAUGAAGAUGAGGAUGAUGAGAACCCAUGGCGAAGACCCUAUUAUACUAAUUCUUGGCAGAGGCGGCUAAGGAGAAUUGUGCGUGCUUUUGUGUUGGUGUGUACAGUUUAA